GAUUACAAAAAGCAGAGAGAAACAAAGAAAAAAAAAUGCCAAAAUUAUUUUUAAGUGUUAUUAUAUUAUUCUUAAUUGUCACCAAGGUCGAAUGUAAAUGUGGACCAAAUGAGCUGCUAAAUCAUAAUGGAAUCUGUUUAAGUCCGGUGGGUCUACCCGACUGCAAUCCCUCCGAAUGCGGUGAAUUUAUGAAGUGUAACCAAUUGAAUGAAUGCGUUUGUUUAGAGGGUUUUGAGGAGUACAUGGACUAUAAAGACUAUAGAAUAAAAUGUUGGAAAUCCAUUCCUAAAGUGUCCCCAAGUUCUACAGAGAAAAUUUACACUUUAGAAUCAGUAUGGCAGCAGGUAUUACCAAAAAAUCAAGCACAUAAAGGCGAGGAUGUAAAUACUUCAACGGCGAAAAAUUCUGAGAAGCAAACAACUGUAGCAUUAACUAAAAGCCAAGAUGAGUCGCUUAAUGCCAGUACUUCUAGCUCGCCGGAAGGACAUUCAACCACAGAAGUAUCUCUAACUAAUGCAACAACAGAAAACAAAGAAGCAUCAACUCUAGGUACUGAUUCUACAAAACCAUUUCAAACGAAUACAACAGCAGAAGACACGGAACCAUCUGCUUUUGGUAGCGAAAACUCGAGUAAGGAAAUUUUUGUCUAAGAUGAACCAUGAUUC